AUUAAGUCAGACAAGCAGCAGCCGGGGGUCGUGGUCUACAGCAUUAAGGGCCCCGGGGUGGAUGAAGACCCCAAGGACAUCUUCUCCAUCGACAACCGGAGUGGCAAGGUUUACCUCAACACCGUGCUGGAUCGGGAAAAGCACGAUCGCUUUCGGCUCAAGGCUUUUGCCCUCGAUCUGGGCGGGGUGCCUCUGGAAGACCCCACCGACCUGGAGAUCGUCGUCCUGGACCAGAAUGACAACCGGCCCCUCUUCCAGCGGGACGUGUUCACAGGGCAGGUGGUGGAAGGGGCUGAGCCAGGGACGUUUGUGUUGAAGGCGGAAGCCACGGACGCCGAUGACCCCGAGACAGACAACGCGGCUCUGCGGUACUCCAUCCUGGGCCCAGAAGGGGCGGGGCUCUUUGCCAUCGAUGAGCUCUCUGGGGAAAUCCAAGUCGCUCGCGAUGGGCUGGACCGCGAGGUGAUGGGCAGCUACAACUUGACACUCCAAGUGGCUGACAUGGCUGGAGAAGGCUUGACCACCACAGCCACAGCGGCCAUCUAUGUGGAAGACGUCAACGAUCACCCCCCCGAAUUCAUGUCGGCUGAGUUCCACCUGGAGGCCCCUGAGAACCGGCAGGGCGUGGAGGUUGGCCGGCUGGCGGUGCAGGACGAAGACCAGCCAGGCUCCCCCAACUGGCUGGCCAAGUUCACCAUCCUGGAGGGGGACCCCCGAGGAGCUUUCUCCAUCCACCCUGACCCCCUGACCAAUGAGGGGGUCAUCUCCUUGGCCAAGGCCCUGGACUACGAGGAGCAGAGCCGGUAUGAGCUGCUGGUCUCUGUGCAGAACCAGAGCCCCCUGCACCCCUCGGCCCCCAAAGCCGCCCACGCCUUGGCCAGGGUGCAGCUCCAGGUGGCGGAUGCCAACGAGCCCCCCUUCCUCCUGGACAACCCCUGCAGGGGGAGGGUGAACGAGGGAGCAGCUCCCGGCACCCAGAUCAGCCUCUUCCGUGCCAGGGACCCAGACACCCAGCAAGCUCAGCAGCUCAGGUUCCUGCAGGCCUCUGAGUUGGCCAGUUGGCUGCAGGUGGACCCCGAUUCUGGCCGGGUGGAAGCCCGCCAGCAAGUACCCCCGCGGUCAACCUUCCUGGAUGGCUGGUACAUCGCACAGAUCCUGGCUGUGGAUAACGGGACCCCCCCCCCCCCAGCCCCUGGGACCCUCUCUGUCGAGGUGCUGGAGGUCAACGACCAUGCGCCCGCCCUCCUCCCCACCAUGGGGUCCCUGUGCCGGGAAGGGGGCAGCCUGGUCCUCAGCGCCACGGACCAGGACUUGGCGCCCCACGCUGGGCCCUUCCGCUUCCACUUCGCCCUCAGCAGUGGCCACAACUGGACUCUCAGCCACCCCAACGACACCCACGUGCUGCUCCGGCCUCCCAUGGACGUGGCCGAGGGGCUCCACGUGCUGCCACUGCUGGUCAGAGACUCCGGGAUCCCGCCUCGGGUGCGAGAGCAGCUGCUGAACGUCUCCGUCUGUGCCUGCAGCCGGUGGGGCACCUGUGGGGCACAGGCGGAGGCCACCCUGGGCGCCAGGGCAGGCCUCAGUCUGGGCGGCCUGCUGGCCAUCCUCUGCAGUGCCCUCCUUCUCCUGCUGCUGGUGCUGCUGGUGGCCGGGCUGAAGCACUCCCGCCGGCAGGCUCUGCGCAAGGGGCUGCUGGGCGCCUGGCAGGAUGACCUGCGCGACAACAUCGUCAACUAUGACGAGCAGGGGGGCGGUGAAGAGGACCAGGAGGCCUACGAUCUCUCCCAGCUGCGUGACCCUGACCUCUUCCGGCCCCCGACCCCCCGGGGGAAGCCCCUUCGUCGGAGGGAGGCCCCCCACAGCUGCGCCUUGUCCCAGCAGCACCUGCAGCGAUGCCCUUCCGACAUCGAGGACUUCAUCAAUGAGGGCUUGGAGGCGGCCGACAGGGACCCCAGUGUGCCCCCCUACGACACGGCUCUCAUCUACGACUACGAGGGAGCCUGUUCGGCCAGCGGCUCCCUCAGCUCCAUCCUGUCCAGCCUGGGAGACGAAGACCAGGACUACGACCACCUCCACGAAUGGGGGCCACGGUUCCAGCUCCUGGCCGAGCUGUACGGCCAGUAGGAGCAGGAGGAGCAGCAAGGCCGGACUGGACAAUGGGCCAACCUGGCUUCUCCCGGCAGCCCAGAGGCAGCCCCCCUCCAGCCGCUGCCUUGCCAACUGCGGCUCCAUCGGCAGCUGGACCUACCUGUGUGCCCAGCGGGCAGAGGCCCCCAGGUGCCUUCCCUGGCUGCCGGCUGAGAUUCUGCUGGCAGCUGUUGGAGGACAGUCCAGGGACCCCAGGACCACCAACCCCUUGUGCAACCCCUUGUUUCCCCCAGCCAGGACCACCCCCCGUCCCCUCCAGGGCCCCCGAGAGUUACCAGGCCUAAAGAAAGAGGGCGGCUGGGUGAGAAAACCCACCUGCCAGGGAACCGAAGAGCCAACAGGGAGAAGCAAGGACUGGCAACCUUGCAGGAAGCAAGCAGAGAUGCCCCCCCUCCCAGCAACAGGCUCCCCCCCCCCCAUCAGAACUGAUCAGGGGCCCAGCCUGAAAAGCAGCUUCCGGUGGACUAUGGGUAAACCUGGCUGUGCUCCCCUCAAGGCUGCAAAGGUGCCAAGGUGGCUGCAGCCAGAAGGGGGAGAGGCUUGGGGGUCUCGGCAGGGGAACAGGGCAGGAUUUUGGGGUGGGGGGGGGCAGCGCUCGCUGUGGCUGACAAUAAAA